AGAGAAACGGGGAUAAAAAGUAAACUAGUCGGCUUUCAACAGCUCAUAGCCCUAUUUACUCUCAGCCUCUCCCAGCUCAGGCUCAACCAAGCGGCUGGAUCUUACUGGAUUUCAGAUUUUACACAUCAAAAUACGAAGCUCACACUACUCUCAUCGCGGUGAUCAUUUUUUUUUACAAGUUUAGGACUGAAGUCAUUCAAGCAAACAAAAAAUACCUCAGUGACACUUUAACCCAUUUUAAAUCAAGAUGGAGCUCAAGGUUGUCAUAUUUUUUCUGUGUUUGGUGAUGGUUCAUGGGCAAUGGAGACAGGGACCACAGCAAGGCAACCCACAGCAAGGCAACCCACAACAAGGAGGGAGGGGUCUGUGGCCGCAGCAAGGCAACCCACAACAAGGUGGGAGGGGUCAGUGGCCGCAGCAAGGCAACCCUCAACAAGGUGGGAGGGGUCAGUGGCCGCAGCAGGGCAACCCACAACAAGGUGGGAGGGGUCAGUUUGGCCCUCAGAGACCGGUGCCCCCAGGGAGGGGCCCAUUCGGCCCGGUAGACCCUCGGUUCCAACCAGUCCAACCAAGCAGCACCUGUUGCGACAGAAACCUGUACGGUGGAAACACGGGGACAACCCCACUCCCGAUGCCCAAACAUUGCAUGGAUAUCCGAGAAUUCGGCGGCGUUCGUGAUGGGGUGUAUACGAUUUACGUUUCUUCCGUCAACGAGUGUGGAAAGAAGGAUGUUUACUGCGAUCAAACACGAAACGGCGGUGGAUGGACGGUAAUUCAGCGGCGAAUCGAUGGCCGCCUCAACUUCGUCCGAAACUGGGAGGAAUACAAACACGGUUUCGGCUUUCUCGAGGGCGAGUUCUGGCUCGGCAACGAAUGGAUCCACAAGAUUGCCAUGCAGGGACCGCACGAACUACGGGUCGAUCUCGGCGACUUCCAGAUGCAGGAGAGAUUCGCAAGAUACAAGGUGUUUUCGGUUAGCGAUGAAAUGGGCAACUAUACGCUGAGGGUAGAGAGAUACGACCCCCAGUCAAAUGCAGGUGACGCCCUGACCGGCCACAACAACGUUCCUUUCUCCACCAUAGACCGUGACAACGACCGAUGGAGCGGCAACUGCGCCCGGCAAUACACUGGGGCGUGGUGGUAUACAAGCUGCCACAACAGCAACCUCAACGGUGCCUACCUGAGGGGCCCCAACCGGCAGUACGCCCGCGGGGUCGUCUGGAAUCAAUGGCGAGGAUACAGUUACUCGCUCAGGUUCACUGAGAUGAAAAUACGACCGCUCUUUUGAGGACUCCAUAGCUUGAUUUGGAUUCAUAUUAGACUGCUUAAUAGUAUUUCGAUCUUCAUAAAAAAAUAACAUUUGUCCAACAUUUUUUUUUCUUAUCAUUGAUGGUCAACAAACAUUGUUUGUUUGAAAUGAAUACGAUAUUUCAGAGUGAAAAAAAAAGGUUUUGUCAAUUUAAGUUUUGGAUAGAGCCGUUGGCCUUUAGACAUGAUGGGGACAUGAUGAUAUGAUCGAGAUCAUGAUUACGACAGUGUUGAAAAUUCAGCCACUAUACUCUCUUAAUUUAAAGUUAGGUUAAGAAUGAAAUGAAAUGAAAUGUAUUUCGUGUAUGGCGGCUUAAACCACGAAAUGUUCAUAGAAAAGUUAGAAGUGACCAAAGUUGAAAGUGAAACCAAAAUGAAAUCAAUGCGGACCGAUCAUUUUACAUAGUUUACUGUACAUGGAGCUGCAUUUUUCAGUCUUUUUCAAACAAGGGCAUUGUGUAAAUAAUCGUUCUUAUAAAGUUUGUCAUUGCAAUAUAUUGAUUGUAUAAUCUUGUAUAGAACCAUGUACAUAACAUAGCCAAAUAGAUUGAGCUGUGCAUUCGUACUGACCCCUUCUGGAAGUGACGAUGAAAAUAAAUAUGCCCCCUUUUGAUGAGGGCCCUUUAAUUUGCUGAUCAAACUAUUCCCAUUUAAAAUGGAUCAAUUUUCUGUGCCCUACCACCGCUCCCAUUAAAAUCCUAGAUCCGCCCCUGAAAAUACUUUGGGGUCUAUUCAUCUUUUUUUUUUUAACUGACUACUGUGAACUAGGAUAUGCCUAUGUGAAUUAUUCACUAGAGGUUGUUUAGGGGUUGGUGUUGUAAGUUUUGUUUUAUAGAUAAACAUGUUCCUAAUGACGAAACUAAAUUACUUGCAUCACAAUCAGUCAUUAUUACUUUCUGCACUGUCAGUUAAACAAUUAUAUUUCAAGCUGUAAUUACUUACAAUACGAGACAAUUUCUUGUCAGUGAUCCUUAUCCCAUGUUGAGGUAACUUUGUUUUUACACUGUAAAAGGAAAUUUAAUUAUUUAUUCUAGGAGCGAUAUAAGUAGAUCAUAUAUCCAAUUAAAUUUUUAGAACUUAAAGAAAAUGUCGACAUCCUAAUUGUCAAAACGUCCUAAAAAUCUGUACUUUCCCUUUUAUGCUUUCAUCAGUUCAUUAUCAUAAUUCCCAUAAGCAAUUAAUUUUGACUCAUAAUGUACCAUUUUUUUCGAUAAAGAAUAUGAAGUGUGCCAUGAUUUUCAAAUAAGAUUUUAUGUGCAAUACUUGAAUGUAAAUAUUCCGUCAGUUUAGGGAAGUUGUAUAUUAUCUUCAUAUAUUGACAUAUAUAUUACCAUUAUUAUAUAGAUGAAUUAUAAACUUUAUCACUUUCUAAAUAGCUUUAAGAUUGUUUUAGAAGGGUUUUGUUUUCUUGUCACGGGUGAUGUAAAUAUCGUGUGUCAAUUUUCGUCUGAAUGGAUCAUUAAAAGAAAUUGUUU